AUGAUACUAUUGUCCGAGGAUCGUAAUUCGCUGGAUCGUAUGUUCUCAAGUGAUUUGCAAAUGUCUCUAAUGCCUGUACUUCCUCCUGACUCGGAUUUGCAAGUUUUUCUAACUUCCGCUGCCGCUUCCCAUCCUCCAGAAGUUUUUCUAACUUCCGCUGCCGCUUCCCAUCCUCCAGAAGUUUUUCUAACUUCCGCUGCCGCUUCCCAUCCUCCAGAAGUUUUUCUAACUUCCGCUGCCGCUUCCCAUCCUCCAGAAGUUUGUUUAACUUCCGCUGCCGCUUCUCAUCCUCAAGAAGUGGGACAGUGCCGUUACCUGCGUCCAGCCAAAGAAAAGAUCCGGAAGGAGUGUGAUGACAUGUUGAAAGCUGGUAUCAUUGAGCCGUCAACAUCUUCCAUGCUUGCACCUGGUGUAUUAGUGAAAAAGAAGGAUGGUAGUUUACGCUUUUGUGUAGAUUACAGAAAUCUGAAUUCUGAUGCCGUUUGUGCUUUCUACCGCACCAACGACAUCCAGCGUCCCCAUGAACAUCGUACUUUCCCCAGUUUUAGAAGAAACCUCCGUUUUAAAAUGACCCCUUUGAGGUGCAAACAUAUGAUGCUCACAAUUGGCUAUUGGCGCAUGUUAAAUGCAGAGGGAUGUUUCAUGGCAUCCUUCUGCAGUUGCAAUACUUUUCUCCGAAAACCUCCGUGGGCAGAACAACGUUACGACUACUCUGCAACAGAUGCCGAAUAG